AUGGAUAUUGAAUUUCCUUCGACAUAUGAUGACUACGAAAAUGCCUUUUCAUUUUCGCAACACAACUCGUUAGUAACUGUUGUUUGUUUCCUCAUAGUAUGCGAGAAUAUCUAUUUCAAUCCACCUGCUUAUCCAGCUGGAUAUCUACCAAGCCCAAUGGCAGUCAUUGAUUUGAAUAAUGACAGCAAACCAGAUAUAAUUACAGUAAGCUUCAUGAUGGAAGCUGUUAGUGUUCUUCUCAAUACGGGCAAUGGUCGCUUUUUCCCACCAAUGAAUUUUUCAACUGGAUAUGGCCCACAGACACUAAUAGUAGUCGAUAUAAAUAAUGAUAACAAGCCUGAUCUAGUUCUAACUGGUUACUUUAACACUAUUCUUAUUGUUCUUCUGAAUACAGACAAUGGUACAUUUUCUUCUCCAAUUAUUAUCAAAAUUGGGUCUGGUCAACGCUCAGUGGCAGUGGUGGAUGUUAAUAAUGAUAACAAGCCUGAUAUAGUUACGGCAAAUGGGGAUAGAAGUACUGUUAGUGUUCUUCUAAAUACAGACAAUGGUACAUUUUCUCCUCCAAUUAUUAUCAAUACUGGAGGUGAUUCCAACUCGAUGGUUGUAGUCGAUGUUAAUAAUGAUAACAAGCGUGAUAUAGUUACGGCAAGUGGGAAUACAGAUACUGUUAGUGUUCUUCUAAAUACAGACAAUGGCACAUUUUCUUCUCCAAUUAUUAUCAAUACUGGAGGUGAUUCCUACUCGAUGGUUGUAGUCGAUGUUAAUAGUGAUAACAAGUCUGAUAUAGUUACGGCAAAUAGGAAUACAAAUACCGUUAGUGUUCUUCUAAAUACAGACAAUGGUACAUUUUCUCUUCCAAUUAUUGUGAAAGCUGGAGGUAAUCCAUUUUCAGUAGCAGCUAUCGAUGUUAAUAAUGAUAACAAGCCUGAUCUGGUUACGGAAAAUAUUGAUGGAAAAACUGUUAGUAUUCUUCUAAAUACAGACAAUGGUACAUUUUCUUCUCCGAUUAUUGUCGCAACAGACAGUAUACGAGGAUCAUUGACAGUUGCCGAUGUUAAUAAUGACAACAAGCUUGAUAUCAUUACAAAGGCCAGCUAUCCAAAUUCUGUUAGUAUUUUUCUCAACGCAGGUAAUGGUACAUUUUCUUCUAAAACAAGUUUCCCAGCUCCCUCCCCAUCUACUUCAAUCGCGGUCAUCGACGUCAACAGUGAUCAUAAGCCUGAUAUAGUUACAAUAAAUACCUAUAAAAAUACUGUUAGUGUUCUUCAAAAUACAGGGAGCGGUACAUUUUCCUCUCAAAUAGCUGUCCAGAUUGGUCGUAUAUCUUACGCAGUAGCAGUUGGUGACGUCGAUAAUAAUAAUAAGCCUGAUAUAGUUACAGCAAACCGUGAAGAAAAUACUGUUACUGUCCUCUUCGUCGCAGACGAUGGUUCAUUUUAUUCUCAAAGAUCUUUUACAACCGAGACUAACCCAGUAUCAGUAAUGGUCGUUGAUGUCAACAAUGACAGUAAACCAGAUAUAAUCACUGCAAACGGUGGGGAAAACAGCGUUAGUGUUCUUCUGAAUAUAGGCAAUGGCACAUUUUCCUCUCAGAUAGCUUUUGCAACUGAGCCUGAUCCUACCGAAGUAGCAGUCGCUGAUGUAAAUGGUGACAAUAGACCUGAUAUUGUGACUGCACAUUUUUACGGAAACAGCGUUAGCGUUCUUCUCAAUAAAGGCAAUGGUACAUUUUCUUCUCAAGUUGCUUUUGCAGUCCAGACAAGGCCGAUGGCAGUGGCAGUUGUUGAUGUAAAUGGCGACAAUAAACCUGAUAUAGUUACGGCACAUGUCAGUGAGAGUAUUGUGUGCGUUUUUCUGAAUAUAGGCAAUGGCACAUUUUCCUCUCAGAUAGCAUUCGCAACUGGGUCUGCUCCUACCGCACUAGCAGUCGCUGAUGUAAACGGUGACAAUAUACCUGAUAUUGUGACUGCAAAUUAUUAUGGAAAUAGUGUUAGCGUUCUUCUCAACACAGGCAAUGGUACAUUUUCUUCUCAAGUUGCUUUUGCUGUUCAAGAAUCGCCGAUGGCAGUGGUAGUUGUUGAUCUAAAUGGCGACAGUAAACCUGAUAUAGUUACGGCACAUAAGGAUGAAAAUACUGUUUGCGUUCUUCUCGGCGCAGGUGAUGGUACAUUCUCUUAUAGAAUGUUGUUUGCAGCGAGUAAUAAUCCACGAUCAUUAGCAGUCGUUGAUAUCAACAAUGAUCAUAAGCCGGAUAUAGUCAUGGCAAGUACUGAUACAAAAAGUGUUGGUGUUCUCUUUCAUUGUUGA